CACAUCGUGAACGCGCACCGCCGGGUUGGCAAACUUUGACGCGCUGACUCCAAUAGCGCAGACGCGUCAGAUAGAAAGUAGUAAACUAUGCUGGAUAUUUCUCAGUGACUGGACAGAAUUUAUUUACUUCACGCAGAUAAGAAGUUUGGCGCCUGUACGCUCAUGUCUGACCGUGAACGGAGCUAUAUUAACCUCCACCUGCACUUCAUAGUUUCGGAGUUUUGCUCUCUGUGUCUGUGGGCGCGUAACUUUCAGAAGAAGACAAACACUUGGAAUUUGGGUACACUUUGGCACAAGACGGGACAUCGAGUGCGCCAGGCGACAGGCAGACAUAGGAGUCUUAUUUUGCGGGCAGAGAAGAGAUUAAAGUUUGAAGUUAAUGAAUGGAAAAUUAGUUUUGACAAAAACUUUUUAGAUCACGGGGUUAGAUUUUAUUUGAACCACUAGAAAGUUACUAAAAGCUCUGUAAGGCGUCUUUUGUAGUGUUAUCACCAUGAAUGGACCGGUGGUUUUCCAGAUGUGGAUGGUUUUAUUGUUUUUGGGGACUAUGACCGGGGUCGGCAGGGCUCAGGUCUCCACCGCCAGAGUGAUGAGGGGCAACAUCAGGAGAGACGACAGCAAUCGCCUCACCACAGACUUUUACCGCAAAGAGGAAAACAUCACAGUAACGCCCGUGGGUGGAACCAUCCACAGCCCACGCUAUCCCAGCGCUUACCCCCGCAACCUGCUGUUGUCUUGGAAACUGCUGUCACCGCCAGGGAGCCGCAUACACCUGGAGUUUGACGGACACUUUGGCCUGGAGGAGGCUGAGAAUGGAGUGUGCAGGUAUGACUUUGUUGAAGUGGAGGAUCAAUCAGAGACCAGUACUAUAAUCUGGGGUCGCUGGUGUGGGCAGAAGGCACCGCCUAGUCUCAACUCCAAAACCAACAUGCUCAGAGUCACCUUCAAGUCUGACGACUACUUUGUUGCAAAGCCGGGAUUCAAAGUCUACUACUCACUGCUGUAUGACACUCCUUUGCCUGCGUCCAACACCAACUGGGAGGCCGUCACUAUGCCCAUGUCGGACAGUAGUGUAGGACAGAUACCAGCAGCAGUCACAGAAGUUCCAUUCUCAUUGGAGGAUUUGGACCGGACCAUAGCUGCGUUUGACACUGUAGAACAACUUCUCAGAUCCCUGAGCCCAGACACCUGGAGGCAGGACCUGGACAGCAUCUACACUCAAACACACAUACAUUAUAGAUCCAGGGCCUAUCAUCUGGCAAGCAGACAUAAUAAAGUUGACCUGAACCGUCUCUAUGAGGACGUCAAGCGGUACAGCUGUACUCCUCGCAAUUACUCUGUGAACCUGCGCGAGGAGCUGAGAGCCACUAACGCCGUCUUCUUCCCUCGAUGUCUGCUGGUCAAACGUUGCGGCGGCAACUGUGGCUGCGGAACCGAUAACUGGAACAACGGCUGCACCUGUCAGGCCUCCAAGACAACAGUCAAACUACAUGAGGUGCUGAAGUACGCCCCAGAGGUCACUCCGUAUCAGCGCCAUCGGCGGCCAAGGGUGCACUGGGUCAUAGAUGAGAUCUUCCUCACACACCAUGAAAAGUGCGAGUGUGCGUGUCCCUCCCAGCCCCCUCGCUGAGGCACUCAGACUGUUAUGUGCACCUAGAACUGUUGGACGAGUUCUUCUCUUAUCUAUUCCGCAACAGACUUCAUCUAAUAACAGCAACGCAGCAAAGAAGAAGGCAACAAUUUGACAGACAAGCCGCAGCAUACAUCAUACACAAUGACAUUUGUUCUUGCAACUUUGCAACUUGUAAAGGCAAAUUGUUUUCAGCUUUCCUGCAACUUGGAGACUCAAUCUAUUCCUGUUUAAACCACAUUUAAACAUUACAUGUGCACCACAAAGUGUUAAAAUGACAGUGGACUUCACUUUCAAUCCAAUCAAAGUCUUUUCCUCCAAAAACUUAAUACUGAGAAACAUUUAUAAUACAAAAAACACCACAUAUCAAUAUGAAGAAAUAAUACCAAUACUAAAUUGAACUUAAAUUUAUAUUUAGCUCAAUGGAUGCCAACUUGAUUGAAUUGUAUUUGAGGACUGUUUAAACAGUUCUUUAUUCAUAUUUCAUGUGCAUGUAUUUGCGUUUCUUCGUGUUAAAAUGAGAGACACACCUCUUCUGCUAGGAGGAUGCUGAGAUGAGUGAGCCUGACACAGACGAUGGGAGGGAGAGGAGUUAAAGGGAGUGUAAACCAAAAUAACACUUUAUCUUGAUGUGAAAUUGGGCUAACCACAACCCUCCAGAUCUGAAUUGCACACUAAUACACACACACAUAUACAUACACACACACACACACACACAUUAUACCUAAAGUUAUUCAGACUGAAUUCUUCACUGCUCUAUUUUUCAGAGCAGCCCUCCUUUGUUUUGCACACAUUCCUGAUCGCAUAUAUUCGAGCUUCCCUUUGUCUGUCUUUCCAUCCAUAUGCUUCCCGCUCCUUUUCUUUCUCUCUCUCUCUCUCCCUCCCUCCAUCGCUCGCUCUCUAACACAUCAAAGGAGAUGUCAGAUGAGGCCGCUGCGCUCUGCCCAGUUUUCUGAGCGUUCCAGGCAUUCCAACUACUAACAGGAAUUCUGCUAACACGGAUAAAACCAUGAUCUCCAGACCCAGAAGACAUAAGAGGAAAGAGAGGCAGACACUCAGGAAAAGAGCUUUUUUUUUUAUUUUUGGCAACUGACAGAAAAGGGACAAUCAAGCAAGUUGCCUAUUUGUAGAUUACCAGCACUUCUGGAUGAGAGCUGAAAAAGAAGCCACUUUCAGGACGAAGCCCAUAAAAGAUUGCAGCUACUUCGGAGGGUUCAAUCAGCAUAUUCAUGUAUUCAGCUCGCCUGAUUUUGUUGUCACGCUGCUUUUUGCCUCAUGAAGAUGCUCAUCUGUAUCACAGUAUGACCCACUGCUCUGCAGCAGCACCAAAGUGAAAAAGAUUU